AACAAGGUUAUCGAAGGCCAGAGGGAGAGGGAGAUGGAGAUCAUAAACAACGGAAGAGAACGUGGAGGGAGCAGCACGAUUCCUGGACCUCCUCAAUCAAAAUCACCCACCCACACCUCUUCCAUUCCAUUCCAUCUUCAUACAUACAAUUCAUUUUCAAUUGAUUUUGUUUUUUUAAAGCCCUAAUUUGAUUCAAGUUUCAGCCGCUUUUCAUUCACAUACUUCCGGGUUCAGCAUCUUGAAAUUUCGAUCAUGGGCGAUCGGUCAGCCAAGCUUGAAGCUCAAAUACUCGAAGCAAUAAUACAACGAGAAUCGAAAGGAACUUCGAUCAAGUCGAUUAACAGGAUAAUCUUAAAGUUCCCAAAAAUUGACGAGAAUUUGAGAAAAUGCAAGGUUAUAUUUGAACAAUUCGAUGAGGAUAAAAGCGGUGCGAUUGAUCUAAAAGAGCUGAAACACUGCUUUGAGAAGCUGCAAGUGAAGUUCACGAACGAAGAAAUUAAUGAGAUUUUCAAGACGUGUGACUUGAACGAUGAUAUGGGAAUAAGCUUCAAUGAGUUCAUUGUUCUGCUUUGUCUUGUCUAUCUUUUGAAGGAAGAUCAUCAUGACACCCAAUCUAAAUCGCGCAUGGGAAUCCCGGAUUUGGAGGCAACUUUUGAAACAUUGGUCGAGUCGUUUGUGUUCUUAGACAGUAACAAAGAUGGUCAUGUCAGCAAGAACGAAAUGAUUCGUGCAAUUGAGGAAACUAAGCAAUCUGAGGGCCAAAUUGCCAUAAAAAGAUUUGAAGAGAUGGACUGGGAUAAAAACGGAACGGUGAACUUCAAAGAGUUUCUGUUUGCUUUUACUAGGUGGGUCGGAAUCGAGGAUGACGAAGAAGACUAGAGAAACAACCAUAUGGGUUGAAGACUCAAUGUUAUCAUGAGUGUAUUUUCUUUUGUUUCUUUGUAGUUUGUUUUUUAACUUAUAAACCCUGGUUCUUGUAAUUUAUUUUGUUAUCUUCCUUAUUUGCCAUGAAAAAUAUGGUUUGAUUCACUCAAGAUACAUUCUUAUGAUAUUUUGUAACUAAAUUACUUUAUGGAUUU